GCCGAACUUUGCCAUCACUUCGUGCCGGAGCUCACGGAGUCCCUCAUGACGCGCUACUGUGACGGCGCGUCCUCCCAGGGCGAGGACCGCAGUCCCAGUGCCAAGGGCUGUGACGACUCCUACACCGGUUCUGUCCGAAAGGCACUGGCCAACCACAUGUUUAGCCACUGCGGUGCCUGGUGCCUUUUCGACUACGACGACACAGAAAAGGUCAGCUAUGCAUGGGAUCCUGCUGGAAAGUGCUGGACCAACACGGGCUGCAAAGGUCAUCCCGAGUUGACUGAAGUCCUGGCACGUCGGAAUCAAGCAUGCGAGUUCACGACGACCACCACUACCACCACCAGCACUUCAACCUCCACUACUUCGACGACUACCAUCACUUCGACGAGCACUACCACUACUUCAACGGUUACCUCCACAACCACGACGAGCACUACCACCAUCACCACCACGUCUACCACGGUCACGACUACAAGCACCAGCACGUCUACCACUACGACUUCCACACUCACCACCACGUCAACGACUACAACUUCUACCCUCACGUCCACGACCACUUCGACCACCACCACAUCGACAUCUACCACGACAACCACUACUAGCACUUUGACAACUACGAUUACAACCACCACGUCGACGAGUACCACCACGACCACAACCUCAACGAGCACCUCGACGAUCACCUCAACUUCCACCACGACUACGAGUACCGUCACCUCUACCACCACUACGACCACCUCAACGAGCACCGUAACUUCCACGACGACCACGACCACCAGUACAUCGACGACCUCUACCUCCACGACGACCCAGACCUCGACCAGCACGACUACAACAUCCACGACCACGAUUACCACAACUUCGACUCAGACGACCACAAUUACAACGACUACAAGCACGACCACCACUGCUUGUGCAACUCCCGUGUCGGGGUUCUCCAUCGAGAUCAUGGAAGGGAUCUGUGGUGACCUGUCCAAGUACGGCCGCCUCGAGUAUGCCGAUGCCGUCAGCUGCGAGCCGGCUACGACUCCGUUUGUGCAGCGAGCCCUGGCGAACAAAAUGUUCAGCCACUGCGGCGCUUGGUGCAUCUACGACUACUACCAGCCGGACAAGAUCUCCUACCAUUGGAAUGCCACCGGCAAGUGCUUCGCACAGUCAGGCCUUUGCCUCGAGAAGUACAAGAAUGAGAAAGAGAAGGCAGUUGCCAAGAAGCAGCUCAUAUGUACCGAGGAGGAGCCUUGCGUGCCGGUUGCGCCAAGCUUGACAAACUCGGUGAGCCUAAGAUACUGCAACAACCUCUCGACCAACAAGGAGGACAGAAGCGAGGACGCACGUGGUUGUCACGAGAGCUACACACCCUACGUGCGAAGGGCUCUGGCGAAUAACUUGUUCAGCCACUGUGGUGCCUUUUGCCUCUACGAUUUCGACCAGCCAGACAAGGCAGAUGCGGAAGAGACACCGUCUCCUACUCCUACGACACGACCCGGAAGUGCUGGCACCGAGGGAGUGGCUGCCAAGACAAUCCCGAGCAGAAGCUCGCGAUAG